AUGGCCGCGCCGGUGACCCGGCAGGUCAGCGGCUCCGCUCCGGCCCCGGCCCCGGCCUCCGCCGGCCCGGAACACUGGCAGCGCCUGGCGGCCGCCGUCGCAGAGCUCCCGGUACUGGACGCGGCGGGCAGGCUGGUGCCGUUUGGCGCGCUGUUCGCAGAGCGGCGGGCCGUGGUGGUGUUCGUGCGGCAUUUCCUGUGUUACAUUUGCAAAGAAUACGUGGAAGAUCUGGCUAAAAUCCCCAAGAGUUUCCUGCAAGAAGCAAAUGUCACCCUUAUAGUAAUUGGACAGUCUUCUUACCAUCACAUUGAGCCUUUCUGCAAACUGACUGGAUAUUCUCAUGAAAUUUAUGUUGAUCCUGGGAGAGAAAUUUAUAAAAGAUUGGGGAUGAAAAGAGGUGAAGAAGUUGUCUCCUCAGGACAGAGCCCCCAUGUAAAAUCGAACCUGCUCUCGGGAAGCCUGCAAAGCCUGUGGCGGGCAGUGACGGGCCCUCUUUUUGAUUUCCAAGGUGACCCAGCUCAGCAAGGUGGAACCCUCAUUUUGGGUCCAGGUAACAUCAUCCAUUUUAUACACCGUGAUAGGAAUAGGUUGGAUCACAAGCCCAUAAACUCUGUGUUACAGCUUGUAGGAGUUCAGCACGUGAACUUUACAAGCAGACCCUCCAUUAUCCAUGUGUGACUCGACACUGAAUCUGCCUCUUGUCCUGGAAAUGUGUCUUCACUGCAAGGUGUCACAGCUCUGUUCAGUGUCUCACCUGCUCGCCCUUCCCAGCCCUUGAUGUGUAAUGAACACAGAGAGUACCUGUUGUCAAAAAUGUGAUACACAUUUAAAUAUUUUUGUCUGUGUGUGUGAGCACAUGUAUGUGUAUAGGUGUAUAUGCACAUUGUACGUGUGUGUAGGCCAGGGGCUGAUACUGGAUGCCUUCUUCAGUCACUUUCUACCUUAUUUUUUUUCUCAAUUUUUUUUAAAAUUUUUAUUAACAUUUUCCAUGAUUAUAAAAAGUAUCCCAUGGUUCUCUACCUUAUUUUUAACAAAACAGAAUUUCACCAAUUAUGAACCCAGAUCUCACCAAUUUGGCUAGCAUAUCUAGCCAAUUUGUCCCAGGGUUCUACCUGUCUCUGCCUCUCCAGUGCUGGGAUUGCAGGUUGUAGCUGCCAUGCCCUUUAUUUACAUGGGCUCUAGGGAUCUGAACUCAGGUCCUCAUGUUUACAUGGCAAAUGAUUUUACUGACCAAGCCAUCUUCACCAUUUCUAAAGUUUAUACAUUUUUAUGGCUUUUGCAGUUUUAUACCAAAUAAUUAUAGAAAACAUUUUAAUACUUAUAACAUUAUGAAUACCAUUUUAUAUAUAGUAAAUCCAUUCAAUAAAAGAAUUUUUGGCAAUUGAACUGUAUAAAGGGAAGGCAAGGUCAGAUAUGAUGGUGCAUAGCUAUAAUCUUAGGCUUAGCUUGAGGCAGGAGGCCAGUUCGAGCUCCACACAGUGAGACCUUGCCCCAGAAAAACAGUCAGUCAUCAAACAGUGAAAGAGAGGGAAGAAUGAAGGGAAGGGAAAGCCACUCAAGACCAUUUUAUUCAGUUAAAGAAAAAAAUUUGUAGUAUAACCACUUUUUAAAAAUAUUUUUGUAUGCUUAGAAAAGACGAAAUGAUACACCGUGUGUGUGCAGGGUGAUGACAGGUGUUUUUGCUCUUCCAAACUUCACAGUACUUCACCUGUUCUCUGGUGAGCCUGAGUGACUUGCCUGACCAGAAUGGUCUUGAAAGGGCCAACACCUGCCUACAGAACUCUCCCGCAGGGAGCGGAGUGCCCAGGUUGAACUUCCAUUGUGUUUGCGCUAAUGAAACCUCAAACAUCUCACAGCCACUGGCCCAGAGCUCCUGCACACUACACACCCACCACCCAGUUCACUGGGAGUUACUGAUGGAGUGAGGAGGGUCGAAAAAAAUACUAUGGGGUUUUGUUUUAAAAGUUCUCAUGCCUUGUACGGUGUGGUGGCGCACGCCUUUAACCCCAGCACUUGGGAGGCAGA